AUGGGCGCUUUGCAUCAUGCAGACGAUGACUUCUCCUUGGACGACUGUUGCACCGGCUGGUGGACGUCCAAGGACCCCGGCUUCAUAGACCCCGUCCGUGACUGCCUCGAUACCUUCAUGCGCGUGCUGGUGGAGGAGCCAAGCUCGCGAAAUCCCCACCACCUCCAUGGCUCUUUCUAUGCGCGGCUGCUCGCGUCCUCUGGCCAAUCGGACCUGAGCCUGGCCGAGGUGGGCGUGGAUGAGGGCGCCUUCAUGGAGGCCAUGCUGCAGGAGCUGGCCUGGCUGGGCGUGUCCGUCAAGAAGUACUACGCCAUUGACCCAUGGACCGGCAGGUUCGCUCAUCUACAGCAAGCUCUCGAGGUGGCGAUGCGUUUCGACCACGUGCACCUCAUCCAGGAGACAGGCGACACUGCCCGAAGGAUGGUUGACGACGAGACUAUGGACUUUGUGUUCGUGGACGCCGUUCACACCGUUCCCUUUGUGUCUCUCCACCUUCGGGGAUGGUGGCCCAAAGUGAGGCCGGGCGGCAUCAUCGCUGGUCAUGAUUUCGCCCGCGAGAAGCCCUGGCGCUUUCCUGGUCCAGUCGCCGCCGCAAUCACUUUUGCGGAGGAGAUGGGCCUGAGCCAGAGUCUCUUAGGACUCCACGGGACGACUUUUGCAAUGCAGAAGCCCCGUGUUUAG